ACCCAAUCCAUCACUUCACUCUCACAAUCCUCACAGCACAGAUUCCCAACCAACUCAUUCGAUCGAGAAGAAUGCCUCUCUCUCUAACCACCGCCCUCCUCCUCCUCUCUCUCCUCACCACCCCCACCACCUCCCUCCCUUCCACCGUCGGCUUCACCUUCAACCCCACCCCCACCACCCCCUCCCCUUCCCACGUCGCCUCCUCCCUCCACUCCCUCCGCAUCUCCUCCGUCCGCCUCCCCAACCCCAACCCCGACUCCAUCCGCGCCUUCUCCUACUCCAACAUCUCCCUCCUCCUCUCCCUCCCAAACUCCCUCGUCCCUUUCCUCGCACACAACCGCUCCAACGCCCACCUCUUCCUCUACACCCACGUCGUUCCCUUCUACCCCCGCGCCCGCAUCACCGUCAUCUCCGUCGGCUCCGACCCCCUCCUCCACUCCGACGAUCUCUCCGACCUCAUCCUCCCCGCCAUCCAGAACGUCCACCUGGCCCUCCGCCGUCUUGGCAUUAACGAUAUCGCCGUCUCCACCACCUUCUCCUUCCUCAAAGUUGUAACCACUGCCUUCCCCCCCUCCUCCGCCGAGUUCCAGCCCCCCGUGGCCGACGUCCUCGUCAAACCUUUGCUCGACUUCCUCGACCAGACCAACUCUUCCUUCCUCGUCAAUCUCCGCCCCUACGACGUGUACAAGGCCAAGCACGAGAUCCCCAUCGGGUUCGCCCUGUUCCGGGAGACCCCGUUUAACUUCCGCGACGACGCAGUGACGGGAGUCCGGUACCGGAACCUGUUCGAUGCGAUGGUGGACGCGGUAGUCUCGGCGAUGGCAGUGGCAGGGCAUGAGAACAUCCCCGUCGUGGUGACGGAGACCGGAUGGCCCAGCGGCCAGGUGCCCGGCGUGAACGGCGAUCCUGACGCUACCGAGCUCUUCGCGGGGAUGUAUGUGAACGGGUUGAUUGAGCAUUUGAAGUCGGGACUGGGCACGCCCCUGAGGAAGGAAGGGGUGGCCCAGGCUUACGUAUACGAAUUGUUUGAUAGUGACGAGAGGCAGGAGAAUGGGACGGGGCCGGUGCCGUAUUAUGGGAUCUUGUAUCCGAACAUGACGCUGAAGGUUAACGUUGAUUUUUCGGCGGCUUCGGAGAGGGUGGGAGGCAGCGGCGGUGGUGGAAUCUUGGUGAGGGUGGCGGUUAGGGUUCUGAUGGCGGUUGUGGUUGUGGUUUUGGUGUUGCAUUAGAUGUGAUGGACAGCCAUUGAUUUUGGGCAUCUGUUAGGCUUUGUUCUGUUUUGGUAGUACUAGAGAUUGCAGUUUAGGGUGUUGAUUGAGAUCAUUUGGAGGGGAAUUUGAGUUGUAGUUUAAUUUGGUGAAGGUAAUUCUCUGUUUCGUGAACAAAUUGGUUGAAAUGUGAAGGGUAUUUUGAGGGAAAAUCCAUUUGGGAUUCCAAUUCAUUUUACUUGAUUACUUUUAGCACUUGAUCUCUUUUUCAUUUUUGAAGGCUGAAAUACUUCAUUCUAGUAUAAAUGGACUUGUUCUUCUUUCCCCUUCAUCUCCUUAAUUUAAAGUCAAUUUGAUUGUGUGGAACGAAAACUUUGC